UGCUGUGAGGUGCUACAGUCAGUGUCGUGUCGAGAUACGUCAAACAUAACCUAAAAGUUGUAACAUGUGCUAAUCAGCUGAUCUGCCAUUGAGGUGAUGCGGUAGAAUGUCGAGGAGGAAGCAGAGCAACCCUAAACCACUAAAAGGUGGUGAGGACGAGGAGUGGGGCAGUGAGGGCGAAGCAGACAGAGCCAGGGAAGCAGCCCCAGCCCCAACCUCUAGCCCGACACCACCCCCGGCACCUCCGUCUCCGGCACCCAAGCUGCGGCUAAAUGCCUCCCUGGCUACUGACCCCGCACUGAGGGCGACCGCCGCUCCUGCUCCGCCACCCAAGACAGAACCUCCGGCCAGCCCUGCGGACCUGGAAUAUCUGACCACAUUACCAUCUACCUUGCAGACAGUGAGCGGACCAGUCUAUGUUUGUUCUCCGUGUGCCAUCAAGUUUAGUUCCCUGAGUACAUUAGAAGCUCAUCAGACUUACUACUGCUCGCAUAGACACACUACUCAACCAAAAGUGGCUGCACUAGGGCCCGGCGGAGGGGAAGGGGGAGAGAGUGAGCCUGAAGAUGUGAAGCCUGUGUUGGGAGGAGAGGCGAGAGAGGAAAGUGGAGGGGAGAGCACGGGAGAACCAGCCACCAAAACUGCAAAGUCUGGCAAACUUUACCGCUGUCCACACUGCUCUUAUAGUGCUGACAAAAAGGUGAGUCUCAACAGACACAUGCGUAUGCACUCGUCCUCUCCCGCCUCGCAGACGUCCACGGAUGCCGCUGACGGAGGUCAUCUCGUUGACCGUUACUGCCAAGACUGUGAUAUUCGAUUCUCCUCUCUGAAAACGUUUAAGGCUCACAAAAUGCAUUACUGCAGCACGAGGCACGUCAUCAAGACCAAGCCGACGUCUGCACCAUCCUCUCCUUCUGAAUCUCGGACCACCCCAACGUCUCCUGGAGUAUCAGAGUCAUCCAACCACCCCCCUCCCCCUGCCCAGCCCUUCCUGGCACUACCCACCAACCCCAUCCUGAUUGUACCCUACUCCCUGUUCCAAGGAGCCAGUAUCUUGUCAGGACCCGCUGUGAUGGGUUUGCCUGCGCAGGACACUGCUUGUUUACUCCUACCUGAUGGAACGCUUCAACCUCUUGCCCAGGGACUGUUGUCCCAGUCAAGGAUCCCUCCUCCGGCUCCAGAGGUGAAGAGGCAGCGGCUGACUUCUGAGACAGUUGUCAAGCAUGCAGAGGAAAGCAGAAGCAAGAACGGCAUAAGUGAAACACCCGGUGCUCCUUUGGAUCUCAGCGUUCGAACAAGAGAAGAAGGUGAUCUGGUGAUAGAUAUGGAAGAAGAGGAUGAAAAAGAGAACCGCAUAAGUGGAGACAACCAGGCAAAUAUCUUCCCUUCACCAGACCCAGAAGACAUAAUUUGUGCCCCUUCUAUUCCUCUGAUAUUGUCCACUUCCUCCACGUGCUCAACACCUUCCCCUGCUCCUCCUUCUCCUGCUUUGUCUUCCUCCUCGACUACAACUUCCAAUAGAAGAAUGCACGAUUCCAAAAGGCACAGAACUGAUUCUCAAAGUAGUAGUCCUAGUCCCAAGUCUUCCCCUUCGGGAGCCAAGUCACCCAGAAGGACACCAAACGGGCUUCCAAAUAUCGAGAAAAACCAUAGAUCUUGCGAUCCCAAGAGAAAAUCUAUAGACUCUAUUUCUUCUCCCAAGUUGGAUAACACCAACAAUAACCUCACACUCUCUAGCUUGUUGCUAGCAGCCGCCGCCCAAGGAGGGAUUGACGCAUACCACAAACCAGAACUACCAUUUCCUCCGGAACUAGUCCCUCACCUUGCUGGAGCCAGGCUUCCAGGCGGGAAAGGAAAACCGAUUCCAGCAAUACCCGGACUCAUACCAGCGACUAAUAGGAAUCUUCCUUUGUUACUUCCGAAGCCGCCUCGGACUCCAGCUGAUCUCAUGAACCCUGCGACCAUUCUUCCGUUGCUCACGUCGGAGAUGGCUCUCAGGAUAGCGGCAGCCACAGGGGACCCGGUAUCUGCCCCUCAGGUACUUGUCAAACAGGGUGUAUCCAAGUGCCAAGAAUGCAACAUAGUGUUUUGUAAACAUGAGAACUAUAUCGCACACAAGAAACAUUACUGCUCGGCCAGACAGUUGAACGAGCCUGUCAUCGUACAAGAUGAUGACAUCAAACCUGCAAGUCCCGCUGUGUCAGUGUCUCCACCCAACACUGCUUCACCUCCAGCAGUCGUCAAAGAUCAGUCUCACAGUCCGGUUAACGCUCCUGUCGCUUCCAUCUCCAAGCAACCCACUCACUACCAGUUCAUCUGUGCAGCCUGUGGCAUCAAGUUUACAUCUUACGACAAUCUCACAGCACAUCAGGCAUACUACUGUCCGAAAAGAACGAGUACUGACAGUGAAAAAGGGAGUAGACGCUGUCCUAAAUGUAAGAUGACUGUGGCCAUGGACCACGUGUGUGGUGGCAGUGGAGGUGCGUGGAAGUGUCCGUGUUGCCCGGUGGUUAGUCCGACCGCUUCUGCCGCACAGAAACACAUGGACACACACACUGGCGUCAAGGCGUUCCUGUGUACCAUUUGUCGCUACAAGGGGAACACGUUGCGGGGUAUGCGCACACACAUACGCAUGCACUUCGACAAGCGGUCCAACGAGAUCAUGGAAGAGAACUACAUCACGUGUCUCGUAGAGGACGGAAGUGGUGGAAGUGUGGAGAUCCCGGCAAUAGACGGAGAAGAGGCUCAUCUGAGAAAACUCUCGGAAAACAACAACUCCAGAAACAUCAACGUCAACGGUGACACUAAGGUGAAAGUGAAGCAGGAGCUGGAAGCGGCAAGGGGGGAAGAGGAAGAAGAAGAGUAUAUAGAAGUGGACGAAGUAGCUACCGUAAAGACUGACAAUUCUCAAGACUGCAAAGACACGAAAAACGGUGAAUGCAGGACUCGGUUCUGUCCUGCCUCUAGAGUCACAUAAACUUAUGUCAAAAAUGGGGUUAGACAUUUAAACUAAAAUUUACCAGUUUAAAGAAAUGGUAUGGAAUGGCAACUGACUAUUAACACGAGUUGGUGACUAUUUUUUUGUGAGAUAUUGCUACGUUUGAUAGUUGAUUUAUUGUUAAAAGAAUGUUUAUGAAUCUGUUUGUUUUCUGUUAUUAUUGUCUUUCAAUAUUUAAAGUAACAAAAAAUACUUUCUGCAAAUUGAGUAGAUUAUUGGUCUGUAUUUAUUUCUACAAAAACAAUACCGGUAUGCUAAGUGUUUGGACACAAUUUGAAUUAAAUAGUCACCAACUUACUAAAGUUGUAUUGUCUAUGUCUACUAAGCAAAAAAAGAAACCUCUUGUAUUUUGUAUCCGGAUCAGAAAAUGUCCCUUUCUUGUUGAUUUUAAUGUCAUUAUUCUUUAAUAUGUUCCGUAUAAGUGUAUAUUUUAGUAAUAUAACAUAUCACUUUGUAUAUUUGUUGUUAAUUAUUAUUAGUUGUUUGUAUGUUUCCAUACCUGUGACCGUAGCUCCUAUGAGGAAUGCAAUUCUCAUUAUUUAUUUCAGUGAUUUCAUAACAUUAUAGGCUAUGUGCAAUCCAUAUACUAAUGUAGACCCCCUAUUAACCAACCUCGCAUUAACCGAUAAUUGGAUUAUCCGCCCUCCCUCGUAAAAUAUUACAGUUUGUUUGAACCAACCUUUAUUUAAGAACAGUUCGGUUUAACCGCCGCUUUCUAUGGAUCUCGGUAUUUCUGCUGCUACGCUCAGUGAUGGUAACAAUACUGCUAAACCCUACAGGAUGUUACAAAGUUUAAGUUAUUUUUUAUUCAUGCUAAAAAUAUUUGCAAAUUGCAUAUCCUGUUUCACAACAAAUUGGUUGCUUGUAUCUUUAAUUUUGAUAAUAAGAUCUGAAGUAUAUUACAAUAGAUUUGGAAAGCAUUAAUUAAUAUUACUAAAAGGUAUUAAAAUAAUGAUCUAUUUACUCUAGCCUACGACUAUAAUUUAUUCCACUGAAAGUAUUUUUGACUUAACCGUGUUUUGGGUUUAUUUGUAACUUUUCUAUCGUCAAUACUUAAGGAAAAGAGGAGAAAAGUGUAGUUUGUAAAUAACACACAUGACUACAGAAUGAUAAUUAUAUAACUCCAAAUGAAUAGCACUUCAUAUUUUUAAGUUUUUAGGGUUUACCCAUUUUGAGUUAUCCGACCUAGGUCUGGUCCCGUUAGGUUCGGUUAAGAGGGGGUCUACUGUUCUUUAUACUUUAGCCUAUAACAUAUUUUGCAAAAUUAUAGGCUAUGUUUUUGAUUGUUAAAUCCAAAUUAUUAAAUAUGUUGCAAGUUUGACCGAAUUACCAUAAAAAAAAUUAUAAUAUUGUGCAAAAUAUAAUUUGAUAAAGCAUGGACAAAUUGCUCUAAGAAACUAUAGUUGUCAUGAGCUAAGGUUAUGUCUUAAUAAAUUCUUUUUACCAUUUAAGCUAAGAAUUGUUUUAUCCGUCUGAAAAAUAGACCUAAUAUUCCUAAUUCUGGUACAUUGUUGUAUGUGCCUGAGCUGGGCCCGGAAGAGAAAAAUCUCCACAAGGAAGGUGGAGGAGGCACAAUUAUCUCACAUCCAAAUUCCGGGCCUCCGGCCGCCUGAGUCAAAUAUAGAAACUACCUGCUUUCUCAUAAAUGUCUUUAAGUCUCAAAUUUAAUAUAGAUUACAAAAUAACUUUUCACUUUAAUAGGAUGUAUCCAGAUAGAAAUUGUUUUAAAUGAAACCGUAUAUUUUUACAGAUGUUUAAAGAAAAGAUCAAAUCAGGGGUUAGAUUUUCUAUAUUUGGUCCGUUUUAAAUUUUUUUUCCUCAGGCCCAAUGUGGAUGUAGACCUAUUGAACUCAUCAACCUAAGGCUAUCACAUUGUUUCAGAAUGAUUCUCUCACAAAGCAUACCUGUAAUUAAGGGCAUUAACCAAAAUGUUGAACAUUUAUUUUUAUGUUAUGAUUAAAAUUCAUCACAAACUGUGUUAUAUUUUGUAACUAAAACUGAGACUACUUUACAGUCCCAUUGUAUAUUGUUGUUUUACCAAAAUAGUUUAGUAAGUGUAUAUAGUACAUGUGAAUACCACGUUGUUGAUGUAUAGAUAUUUAAAUAAUCACAUAUUAGUAUGCAGUAUACGCUAGGUAGGUUUUUUUAAAUAAUACAUUUUGCUUAUUACACACAGUGUAUAGUUUCUAUGUGACAGGGUUCUUUUAAGGGAUGUAAAACUGUUUUUGUAUAACUUUUUUUGUCACCAUAUUCCAUAUGUUCUUAUCUGGUACCUCCAGUUAUUUUUUUAUAUCCUUUUUAAAAAUAUAUUAAAAUAUUUGUGAUGACUUCACUGAGUAGAAACAUUUCACUAAAUUACUUUUGUAGUUAGAUUUUUUCUUUGUAGCAUGUUAUGCAAAUUUGAAUGUUAAUUUGAACACUAAGUUAAGCAAGAUGAAAACCUUAACACUGUAAAUUUUAAGGUUUCAGAAUAAUAUAUUUAAGUAACUUAACUGUCGUUAUUUACAGCACUCGGCAAGAUUAUUGUGCAAUGUUAUACUCAUCUGUUCUCAUCCCCAUCCCAGAAUAUCAGUAUGUACAGAGUAAUAUAAAUGUGUACUUGUUGUUAUUUAAUGUAUUGUACUAGAAGUACUUCAAGGCCAUUGUAUCGUAUAAAUUGGCAACCUCAAGACAAUAAAUAUUUAUUUGUAAACUAA